CAUACACAGAGUGUUUCGCUUCCGAGAAAGGACGCCUGAGCUGGGCUCUCGAAAUUUUCCGGAUCAGUUUUACGAGGAGUGCAAUCAUAAACAAACAGUGGUUGAAGAAACGGAACGCGGGAUAUCAGAGAUCAAAGCGGUUUGUUGCAGCAGCGUUAGCGAUGGGCCCGACCAAAAUCACUCCAGAGGAUCAGACGUUCAAUAUAAACUUUGUGGGAGAAGUGAAGAAACAUCCGUGCCUGUUCGACAGCGGGAAUCCGGACUACAAGCAGCAGGUGCUACAGGACCGAGCCUGGUUGGAGGUAUCGAACAUAGUCGGAGAGAGUGCAGAGACAUGCAAGAAGCGUUGGCGCAAUUUGCGGUGCUGCAUGACCCGCUACCAAAAAUCGGUACGUGACAGCAGCGAUCAAGCAGCGAAUGCGCGGCGAAAACCAUACUAUCUGUACAAUCACAUGCAGUUCGUGCUGCCACAUCUGAAGGCACGGGAGGAAUCCAAUGUCUAUGAACCGGACGAACCCACAUGGGCGAAGGGCGAGAGCGAAUCAAUCAGCGACAGCAAACACGACGAUGAGGACAAUGAGCUGGAACCACACGAGCUCGAGGCGAUCGAUGUGCCGGAAGAAGACCAUAGUGAGCAUAUUAAGGAUAGUAUCUUGAAUUCUAUUAAGAUCGUACCGAUGGGGCAAGAACAGCAGACAGUUGGCGGGCAGGAGCAACAACAGGAUGCUCUGGAACCGAGCGAAUCCAGCUCUGCCAACCAGACGGCGUAUGAAAUCAUAGCAGCACCACCGCUCAAACAAUCUCGGCUGUCCAAUGCACACACCAGUGUUGAUUCUGUCAGUCCGGUCGCCGUAAGCCCGUUGCAAGCAACUGAUUCCAAACGAGACAUACUGGGGCAACGGCAAUAUUUUACACUAACGAGCACACCGAUCCAAUCCGCCAACAUCCCGAUAUCCUGCUACACCACUACACCGCUCUCGUCCCAGGCGCUCCAUCAGCCGCAGCAGCACCAGCAACCGACGAUUUCCCAGCCGCAGCUGCAAACGCCGCCACAUUUCACCAUCUUUCCGAACAACACACCGACGAUGGCCAACGAUGCGGAUCACAAUUUCUUCCAAAGUCUCGUACCCGACAUACAGACGAUGACGAUGGAACAGAAAAGAAAGCUCAAAAUUGGCAUCCUGCAACUGAUAGACAAAAUUCUUAAUACAUAAAAACCAUGACAUAGCCGACUGUCGUAGAAAAAUAAGGAAAUUUGUAUAAAUGGUUUUACAAAAAAACAACUCUUCGAUAAGGAACUGCUAGAAGAGCACCUCAAUCGAAGAAAUCUUGUGGCGCAAUAUAAUUAUUACCAUCGUAUGUAAUAAACAGUAACAGACAUGUAACAUUUUUAUUGAUGCAAUGAGCAAAAUUUUAGAAAAUCAGGACAGCAAGCUACGGAAAUAUGUUAGAAUAGUAGAUAAUGUUUGGGAUAAAACUUCCAUCAGAACUCAUUUCUCCCCCAGACACUAUGUGCUAUUCAUCGUAGCAAGAUCAAUGUAAAUUAUGUCGUAAAUCAUAAUUCAUUGUAAGCAUAAUU